UUCACCCUAGGGAGUGAACCCAAGAAUAAGUCUUUUUUUUUUUUUUUUUUUUUGCUUAAAUAGGGCAAACAAUGUUGGCCAAACCGAAAAUGAUCUACAUUUUUUUGUCUACUAUGUAAACUGUAUUGACAGAAGUCCAAACUUAAAUUGGCUAAAUAAGGCAAUUUUAUUCUCAUCGGGAACUAAACUCAGAACCGAUAGAUUUACAUUGUGCACCAAAUUAUCCUUUCUACUAGGCUACUUCAACUUGGUUAUCUUUUACAACUUUAUUUUCUAACAGUUGCUAUAUAUUUGGCACUCCUUGGUACCCUUUUUGACCAAGGAGAAACACCACCCCCUAAAAAUGCUCUUUCUUCCCGUACUAUCGCUCUGCAUCCAGUUUGUUUGUUUUAGUUACGAUCAUUCCUUCAAACCAGCUCUUCAUCGGGUUCUCUGAGAGUAAAGGUCGAUAUUAGUAAUUGUUGCUCCUAAACAGCUGAUGGUAUAAAAAAGGGGAAGAUACCCAACCAACUAAACACGAUGUCUAAAUGAAGAAGAUAUCAUUUCAUCAGCGUGCCACCAAUGGCCGCUUCUGGCGGCAGCUCAUGAUAUGUUUGCAUGGUGUCAAUAAGUCAAGUGUGAGGAGGACAAAAGGUUUGGUGUGUAUGAUUAUAGUUUAUGGGCUGCACAUGAUAUGUUUAACGAGUCAUUGUGGACCUUUUACACAUAAUCAAGCUGCUCUUUGUUGUGUGUAGAAGAUUUUCCACGCUGAUUUUCAUAUAAAUUCACUCGUUUUUUUUGCUUUAUUCCUUAGAAAUCUCUAAUAGUUUUUAUUAAAAAAAUCUCUUUAACGUGCAUUGAGAUGAAGAGAUUAGAUGAUCCAAGAAGAGCCCAUAGAUGGAAACUCUCUAUGAAAUCUCUCCUUUGUUCAAUGUUUUUCUCCUCUUCACUUGCUUUAUAAAUUUAAGAAUCCAUCAUUUUCAUAUUUCAUCUAAAUGUUUUUUUUUAUGUAGCUGCAAUGUGACGGUGGUGAGAUCAAGAAAAAACCUGAAAUGGGAAAACAUGGAUAGAGAUAUUUUGGUCAAGAUUUUCGAAAAACUCAACGUAAUAGAUGUUACCAUGGGAGCAUCACGUGUCUGCAUCUCUUGGUUCCUUGCCUCUCACGAAAAAUCUCUUUGGAAAACCAUCAACCUCACAAAUCUCCAACGUGUGGACUUCAGCCAUCCUCGAUUACCAAACUCCCGGGUCGAAGAUGAAAAGGUAAACGAACAUGUGUACCGUUGCAAUACGGUUUUGUUUGAAAGCACCAAAUUUAGCAGCACUGUCCCCAUCAACCUGUUCUUCAACUAUGAUACCUACUUAACUGAUGAGGAUCUCAUUGACGCUGCGCAACGGAUGCCAAACAUAAGAAAGCUUGUGUUACCACGAUGGUGCCAUUUAAGCGAGAACUCAUAUCAGUUUGCAUUCAGGCAAUGGAAGAAUCUCCAAACGCUAAUCAUUGAUCAACGUCACACAUCAUUAACCUGGAGACACAAGAUUCAAGCUAGCGGAGAGAACUGUAUAAACCUCACCAACUUUAAAACUCUGGGUUGCCUUAACGAAGUUGUGGUUGAGGAAAUCGUUCGUUGCUUUCCAAACCUCAAGAAGCUGAGUUUGCGUUUUUGCGACAUCAUUGAUAUUGGUAGAGUUUUGCCUCUCAUCACAAGCCUCAAAAACCUAACGACCCUUAACCUCUCGCACUGUAGAUUUCUACAGAGAGGUGCCUGUAUAAUUGGUAGCCGUGAACUUGACAACAUUCUUUGUGAGAUUGCCAGAUAUAAGUGUGAGACAUUGAUCAUGUUGUGUUCAUAUGUCGAUUGCAAGUCCUGCAAAGAUGCAAGAAAAGAUUCAUAUGUCAUUGUCAGAUUACAUGCUUUUUUCGAGAAGAAUUGGCGGAACGAUGAGAUAGAGGAAUUUGAAUUCUGAAACGUUGUAAAAAAUCUGUUGAUGACUCUAAACGUAACAAAUUAUUAUAUUCUGUUCCAGAAGCAACAUUUCUCUUAUAUUUUUAGCUCUUAGUUAGUACUAAACAUUACAUCGCUUCACUUCUAAGUUGCAAUUCUGGUUGAAAUUUGCACAACAAAACGAUUGAUCAUAGGUAUACACAAUAAAAUUUAUAUUUAUUCUAUUUUUAUUCGAUUCAUUAGGUUUAUAAAAUACUUAUUUACAAACCAAUUUUUUAUUCAAUUUUUAGGAAGAGAGGCUCCAACAAAUAUUUAUAAGAACAUUUCUAGUGAAAUUUCUCAUUCAUUUGUAAUAGAGUAAAUCUGUAAUCAACUUACUCUAUUUUAAAAUGAAAAAUCAACCGACCAAAAAAAAAUUAUUUUAUUUAUAAAAUAAAUUUAUUUUUUAUUUUAUUAUAGAAUGAAAAAUGAAGUAGGAUUAAAUAUUUUUUACUCAAAAUUUUUAUCUUUUAUUUUAAAGUGAAAAGUGGAAUGAAGUGAAAGAUGGUAAUGAGAUAACAACCAUCGCCAAUAUCUUUGGCAGACAUACCACGGGAAAACGGCUUAUUCAUGCCCGAACUAGAGGUCGCUGAGAAAAUACAUACCCCAACUUUUACUGCAUGUCAAAACAUACUUUCACUAAUCAAAAAUUUGAAAUUCAUGCUUGAACUAGGGAUCGAUAAAAAAAUACAUACACCAACUUUUAUUGCAUCCCAAAACAUACCUUAACUAAUCAAAAAAUUUGAAAUUUAUGCCUAGUCUUUAGAAGUCAACCCUAAUCUGAAUCUAUACUAUUAUUUGCGAAGUAAUUUUUCGCAACAAAGCUCUCACGUUUAAAAUUAG